GAUGAUGAAUACGAGCGGCGUCGCCUUUCGGGACCACGCCGGGAGCAUGGACCUCUGUAGAGCCGCCCUUUCUUUCGCCUCGGACACGCUCAAGACGGGCGGGAAUUUUGUCUGCAAGUUCUACCAGGGCGCCGAGGACAAGGCGUUUGAAGGCUUGCUCAAAAAGAUGUUUGCGCGAGUGCACCGGGAGAAGCCCGAGUCGUCGCGGAGCGAGUCCAAGGAGGCCUUUUUUGUAGCGCUCAGAAGGAAAGGAGAUGUCAAGCUCGAGGAUAUUGACCAGCCUGAAUCAUAGUUGGGAAAGUAUCCGGAUAGUUUGCGAGGAGAGGUAAUACCCCAAGAUCCUACUUGUAUGUACAAUACAUACCUAGAGCACAUGUAUAGUAUGUCACGAUAUCUGUACAAAUAGAUUCACAAUCACAGCAUUCCGAUAGGGAGGGUUAGCCGUAGGGCAAAUGGCACUUCGUCAUUGGUAGCCAUGGCAUCAGCAAUAGCGCGCCAGUCAAUUCCUUUUUCA